AUGCACUUUCUGGUAGUCUCUUUGCGGUACUGGAAGGAUAAUCCGGAAGGAUCAACGCUGCAUUAUCAAAAAACCGAUCGUCACAUCACGAAAAAGACACCUAUAAUGGUUCAGCCAGUUGGAUCGCGUGUCGAAUUUGGAAGGCUGGCAGCUUUUUUGCUACUACAAUGUGAUGGACACCACCAAACGAUAGAAACUUUGAAAGCCAAUGAGGCUAGUAAUUCGACUCUGGCUAUCCCCGGGCCAUCUAGAACACUUCUAAAAAUAUCUAUGUUCGCAACCAAAAGACAUCAGGCCACGAAAAUUUGGUGCAUUUCAUACAAUCAGGAAGGAGAGACACGGUCCGGCAGCAAUGUGGCGGUGAACAGGCAACGAGGAGCCCUUGAAUCAAGCUCUCUGGAAAGCAUGGAAGCUUACUGUGCCUCAUUUGUCGUUCGCAUUAGUAGCGCCGAUACUUCGUCGUCUAUCGCAGGAAUGCCAAGUAUGCUGAGAAGGACCAUGGCAACGACCCUGAAGAUAGAUCGUGCUUUGAAGAAAGUAGUAGCGCUACUUGGUACCAAGGUAUUUGAGCGAAGGGACCAUCUGGUCUGCGAGACAGGGAUCAGACCAGCCAAACGAGAAGGGAGUAAAUAUAAUAGCUACAUAGGUGAAAAACCGUUCCAUCCAUUCCAGUACAGCGUUGGGCCAAUAACAGAGUGA